UCCUGCAUCUUUUGUUAUUUGGCUGAAGAAAGGUUUGUGUUCUUAAACAUUUAAAGUGUUUAAAUCAAUGCAACCCAUUUAGGCAACUUUAGAUUUUAAAAUGAUGUAAAAUGGCUUCAUUUAUUGUUUAAUGUAACAUUAUAAUAACACUAAUGGACCUUAUUUUUGUGACUAAAGCUAAUCCACACACGAAUAACUGAAAAUAUGUUUAGCUCUCUGUAUCAGUUUGGUAAACACGAAUUCUCUCACUAAAAAGUAGUGAUGGAGAAACGGAGCCUUUUGAAACGAGUCCGAGUCAAUUGAACCAAAUGAUUCACUCGCAAAAUGAUUCACUGUUUCGAAGCGCUCGAAUCACCGCUCGCUGGCGACACGUGCUGGUCAAAACAGUGUAAAUGAACGAGAACAACAAACACAAGCGUGUGUAAUUACAACUGUAAUUACUAAAGUAGUUUAAUCUAUUAAAAUAUCAAAUAUAAAAAAAACAAAAACAAGUUUCUGUGCAAUUUUUAUUCUUUUAUUAAGUUUUAAGUUUAUUUUUUAGUCUAAUCAGUUCAUUUACCGGUAAGUCCAUUCACUCUGACUGACUCUCUUGCCAGUGCAUUGACUACUGAACUUGGGAGUUGAAUGAGACGCACCCAGAGAUUUUCUUUCUGAUAAUUAACAUCUUUAACAAGACAGUGUCCAAACACAGUGACCUAAAGCAACUGAGAUUCAUGUGACACACUAUUACAAAGAUGGCGUUUAUUAAAGAGGAGACUGAAGAAAUGAAGAUUGAAGAAGCAUUCAGAGUGAAACAUGAAGAUACUGAAGAACAAACAGACCUGAUGGCACUGAAAGAAGAAAGUCAAGAAUUGAAUGAAGAGGAAAAGAAAGAUCAGUAUGAGCAUCAUCAUGAAUUCAUGACUGGAGAAAAAUCCACAAAACCUGAAAUCACUUCCUUACAAAAAACAGAAGUUCAGAAAACCAUAACUAACAAUUAUUUCAUUUGCCACCAAUGUGGAAAGAGUUUUACUCAAAAACAAAACCUUAAAGCCCACAUGAGAACUCACACUGGAGAGAAGCCUUUCACCUGCCAACAGUGUGGACAGAGUUUUGCACGUAAAGAAAACCUUAAUUCCCACAUGAGAAUUCACACCGGAGAGAAACCUUACACCUGCCAACAGUGUGGACAGAGUUUUGCACGUAAAGGAAACCUUAAUUCCCACAUGAGAACUCACACUGGAGAGAGACCUUUCUCCUGCAAACUGUGUGGGACGAGAUACUCACGAAAAGAAUGUCUUAAGACUCACAUGAGAGUUCACAUUGGAGAGAAGCCAUUCAUAUGUGCUCAGUGUGGAAAGAGUUUCAGACGUAAGGUAAACCUUAAUCAGCACAUGAAGACUCACUUGAGAGUAAACCGCUUGAUAUGCCAUCAGUGUGGAAUGAGUUUCACAGACAGCAAUCACCUUAAGAAUCAUGUAAUAAGGCACAAUGGAGAGAAGCGUUUCAUGUGCCAUCACUGUGGAAAGAGUUGCAUAACCAAAUCAAUCCUUGAGGUUCACAUGAGAGUUCACACUGGAGAGAAGCCUUUCAGCUGCCCUCAGUGUGGAAAGAGUUUCAUACAUAAAGGAAACCUUAACAUUCACAUGAGGCUUCACACUGGAGAGAAGCCUUACACGUGUCUUCAGUGUGAGAAGAGUUUCACAUAUCAUAGAGACCUGAAACGUCAUUUGCAAAUUCACUCUUGAAAGCAAGUGUUCUACAAAAUACAGCAGUUUCACUUGCAUAUUCACUCUGGACGAUGACCGUUUUAUUUUGAUUAGUGUAAUAAAAAUCAUCAAACUUACAGAUUUUGUCAUCACACCUGAAAUGUCAUGCAGAUGUGAGACCCUUGAAUUUACUACAUUUGUGAUGCUGGUCGAAUACCGUAUAUGGUAUAACUUUAUUGUGCCACUCCAGUUUCAUUUACUGCUGAUUGACAGUAAUCUCAUUUCACGUCUUGUUGAAAGAAGCAUUUAUAUCAAAGUGCCGCGGCAGCCCCUAUUUACACUGCACGCGUCUGCGGCGUGUUACGGAUGCGACGCGGCUAACGGAGCUGAUCCGCGGCCACUCUAGUCAAUGCUUGUGUUUACACCAGCGCCAUGUUUCAGAAGCGGCUCGCCACGCCACUUCACUAAAGAUAGGUGCCUCGCGUCCAAGACGCACAGCUCAAAUACAAAAUAAAGUCAAAAUAAUCACCCUGUGUAAACUCCUGCUCAUAUUUCACAUCACUAGGAGGCCAGAAACUGAAGACAAGAGAUUAGAAGUUGAAAAACUUGAAAAUGUUUUGUUCUUGUCAUCCAUAACUGGACUUUUAAGUUUAUUAACUUCAUCUGUAGGCUACAGCAAAAUAAAGUAUGGUAUCGCAAUAAACACAAUUAAAUCUGACAAAAUAUAACCAUUUA